GAGUACACCAUGAGCCUGUACUUCAGACAGCAGUGGGAUGACCCACGAUUACGGUACACUGAUUUUGAUAGAUAUAUCCAAACCAAUUAUCGACGUUUUGAUUCCUUCUGGGUACCAGACCUAUUCUUCCCGGAAGCCAAAAAAGAGGAUACACAUGACGUCACCAUACCAAAUAUGUAUAUUAGAAUCUUUCCCAAUGGAACAUUGAUUUACAGUCAAAGACUGUCAUUAAGAAUUGGUUGUAUUAUGGAUCUAAGAAAAUUUCCUAUAGAUAAACAAAUCUGCUCUUUAAGAGUCGAGAGUUAUGGUUACGUCACAAAAGAUAUGUCAUUGGUCUGGUCCUCAAAGCGGAAGUUCAGCAACAUUUUACCAACAGCCAAUAUUCCCGAUUUUGAAUUGAAAUCUAUCACUGCGCAUGACUGCACAACGAAUCUUCAAAUGGGUAUCUUCCCGUGCCUUUAUGCUGAUUUAGAAUUACAACGACAAAUAGGAUUCUAUUUAACGCAGACCUAUAUACCAACCAUCCUGAUAGUUGUGCUCUCUUGGGUCUCUUUCUGGAUCGAUCCUCACGCCAUUCCCGCCAGAAUCUCAGUUGGGUUGUUGACAGUUCUCACCAUAACAACACAGAGUUCCGGUGCACGCUCUGAGCUUCCCAGAGUUCCAUACACUAAAUCUAUAGACGUAUGGAUGUCCGCCUGUUUAGUCUUUGUGUUUGCAGCGUAUGUGGAAUAUGCCUUUGUGACAGUGUUAUCCAGGCGCUUUAGAAAGUUUUCUCCUAACAGUCCACGCUCGCCAAGCACCCAAUCUAUUUUUUCAACGUCAGAAUCUUUCAGUCCAAAUUAUGAUGAAAUGUCGUCAGGAGUUCUCUAUAAAGACAGGCCGAGGACAGACCAAAAGCGGGCGUCUAAAGAGGGAGUAACAACAAACCAAGAUAUGGGACGGAUGGUUGAUAAGAUUUCCCGAUAUUUUUUCCCACUCGCUUUUUUAGUUUUCAAUGCAUUCUAUUGGAUUUAUUACGUGGAACUUGCUUGA